GCCGAAAACAACAAUGAUCCCAAUCUCGUCACCUGGGAUGGGCCGCAAGACCCUGAAAAUCCAAAGAAUUGGCCGAACAAGAUCAAAUGGCGCUACACGGUAGCGGUGUCCUUCUUCACAUUCAUCUCCCCUGUUUCAUCCGCCAUGAUAGCGCCAGCUCUAUCCAAACUCGGCGAAGACCUCAGCAUGAACAGCAAACUGGAGGUCGAACUGGCCCUGUCUAUUUUCAUCCUCGCCUAUUCCGUCGGCCCGUUGUUCUUCGGACCUGCAUCUGAGCUUUAUGGACGGGUGCGUCUACUACAGCUUAGCAAUAUAUGGUAUCUUGCAUGGAACCUAGGCUGUGGCUUUGCACAGACUCCAGCCGAGUUAUUUGUCUUUCGCUUCUUAGCUGGUAUUGGCGGAAGCGCCCCUCUUGCUCUGGGAGGAGGCGCUAUUAGUGAUAUCUGGAGCGCCGAAGAACGCGGGAAAGCCAUGGGAAUCUACACUCUUGCACCGCUCCUGGGCCCGGUUGUUGGACCGAUUGCUGGAGGCUUCAUUGCCGAGUACACUACUUGGCGUUGGGUAUUCUGGUCAUCUAGCGUCGCAGCUGUGUUUAUCCAGGCCAUUGGAUUAAUAUGGCUCCGCGAGUCGCAUCCAGGUACCUUGUUACGAAGGAAGCGAGAUUGUAUCGCGAAAGCUACGGGAAACCACAAGCUGCAUACUGGAAACAUCGAGUGUGAAAGACUUGUGAGGAAAAUCGGCAGGGCUCUCGAAAGACCAUUUCGCAUGUUCAUAACCCAACCGAUUAUCACGGUUAUUGCGAUUUAUAUGGCAUACCUCUUCGGGACCCUGUAUCUGAUGCUCGGAACCUUCCCAGAGAUUUGGACAGAAUGGUAUGGCGAGAGUGUGGGUAUUGGCGGGUUAAACUACCUUUCUAUCGCUAUCGGUUCAUUCACCGGUCUUAUACUCAAUUUCUUCUUCAUCGAUCGCAUAUACCGCAACCUCAAGGCGAGAAACAACGGCAUGGGGCGGCCUGAGUUCCGAAUGCCAACCAUGUUUAUCGGAUCCAUCAUGGUCUCCAUCGGUCUGUUCUGGUAUGGAUGGAGUGUACAGGCCCGCCUCCACUGGAUCAUGCCCAACAUUGGUGUUGCCAUUUGCUCGGCAGGGACUAUGGGGUGUUUACAGGGCAUGCAAACGUACAUCGUCGACAGCUAUCCGACCUACACGGCUAGUGCUAUGGCUGCUUGCGCGUUUCUCCGCAGCUUGGCCGGUUUUGGAUUCCCUCUCUUCGCUCCAUACCUGUACAGCGACCUGGGUUAUGGAUGGGGGACAAGCGUUCUCGCCUUUAUCAGCAUUGGCGUGGGUAUUCCAGCGCCCUUUUUCUUUUGGAGGUUUGGUGAUAAGCUAAGAGCUCUGUCAAAAUAUGCUGCA